AUGCCUCCUCCCGGCCCGACUCUCUCCCUCAGCAGCUUUCUGAACUCGGCCGCUUCUUCCAGCCGAAAGAGAUCCCACGCUGACAUUACCCGGUCCCAAAGUCGGAGCGUCAGUCCCGAUUUACCCUCCAAGCGACGCCGUAUCAGCCCUUCUGCGACACCAACGUCCUCGAGCGUCUCCUCAGAAUUUCUUACACCAGAACCUCCAGCGACGGGCACAGAACGAAACGGCUACGACUCUCGACGACCCACCAUGUCGUCAAGAAACAAUCGUCCACCCCAGAGACAUGAUGGCCAUACCACUAUUGACCUGACGGUCGAUAGCGACUCUUCUUCUUCCUCCUCCUCCGUAGAAAGCCUUCACCUACGUGUACGCCGACGACAUACGAGACCCCAGCCAGGGCAAGAGAGGAAUCGUCGUGCACCGCCGUUUGUCCGAAGAUCACAGCAAGAGAUACAUGAAGUGAUUGAUUUAUCGGACGAUUCCGAUUUCCAGAUCGAAGAAUAUGUGGAUACCGAAAUGUCUGACGAUGAUACCACCACGGUCUCCACCACGCCCGACGUCGAAAUUCUUGACGAGAGACCUGCUCCUCCAGGCAACCGUCUACUUCAACCACCUAGGCCUCAAACUCGCCACGUCUCCCCUGGCCUACCCCGAUUAGAAAGAGGACCAUUCGGGUAUUUCCCCGACUUUUUGAGACGAGGCACACAAUUCAUGCUUGGGAACAUGCAGAAUGCGUACAACGACGUCAUUCUAGAUCGAUUAGAUGGUAUUCGACCGCGGGGGAAUGACAAUCGGCCGGAGGGCGAGGUUCCAGAGAACGAAGCCGGGGGCAAUAUCGUCAUCAAUUUAGAUUACCGGCAGCCUGCGUUUGCGCUGGGGGGGCUCAAUUUGUUUGAUCGAAGUUCCGAAACACCACAAGUCGUCCAAGAGACCUACAAAGGCCCUCCGGCUGCCCAAGAAGGAUUUACCCGAACGUUUGCCGAGGAAGAUGUAGUUCUGUGUCCCAUGUGCCACGAGGAAUUGGCCACCGGAAAAGGUGAUUUGAAGCAACAGGUCUGGGUUGUCAAGCAGUGUGGACAUGUUUACUGCGGAGAGUGCGCGGCGACCCGAUACACUAAAGCUCCCAAAAAGAACAAGAAGUCAAUAUUACCGAAGCCAGAGCCAUUCAAAAUAUGCAAAGUCGAUGACUGCAACGUCAGGGUUACGGGCAAGACUGCCAUGUUCCCCAUCUACUUAUGA